UUCAUCUUCUUCUUUCACCUUGUGGUUUUCUUUUCUCUAUCUCUCUCUAUCCUUCUCUUCUACACACAAUUCUUUCUUAUUUUUCUCAGAUUUGCUCUUCUUCUCGAUCCCCCAACUGCAACCAUGAGUGACGAGGGAGAAAAGACUUGUCCUCUCUGUGCCGAGGAGAUGGAUUUGACAGAUCAACAAUUGAAGCCUUGCAGAUGUGGCUACGAGAUAUGUGUUUGGUGUUGGCAUCACAUAAUGGACAUGGCUGAAAAGGAUGAGACAGAGGGUCGGUGUCCAGCAUGUCGUCUCCCUUAUGACAAGGAAAAAAUUGUUGGGAUGGCUGCAAAGUGCGAGAGACUGGUGGCUGAAAUCAAUUUCGAGCGGAAGAUAAAGUCACAAAAGUCUAAGACUAAAACAUCUGAAGGAAGGAAGCAACAACUAAGCAGUGUUCGAGUUAUUCAACGAAAUUUAGUUUACAUUGUUGGGCUGCCACUUAAUUUGGGGGAUGAAGAUCUUCUUCAGCGUAGAGAAUAUUUUGGUCAGUAUGGGAAGGUUCUAAAAGUAUCUAUGUCUCGUACAGCAGCUGGUGUCAUUCAGCAAUUUCCAAACAAUACUUGUAGUGUAUAUAUUACUUACUCAAAAGAGGAGGAAGCUGUUCGAUGUAUUCAGUCUGUACAUGGGUUUGUUUUGGAGGGUAAAUCUUUAAAGGCAUGCUUUGGGACUACAAAGUAUUGUCAUGCUUGGCUGAGAAAUGUGCCUUGCAGCAAUCCUGAUUGUCUGUAUUUGCAUGAAAUUGGCUCACAAGAGGAUAGUUUUACUAAAGAUGAGAUUAUAUCAGCAUACACAAGGAGUAGAGUUCAACAAAUUACUGGCACAACAAACAAUCUGCAACGACGUUCUGGUAGUGUAUUACCGCCACCAUUUGAUGAUUAUUGCAUUACUAGUUCUGCUUCUGCAGCAAAGCCCAUUGUAAAAAGUGCUUCCAAUAAUACAGCGAGUAUCUCUAAAGAUUCUCCUCCAAAUGGAAGCUCUAGUAGAUCUGCAGCCCUACCAGCUGCAGCUGCAUGGGGAACGCGUGCUUCAAACCAACAGCUAGUAGCUUCUCCAGCAUGUUCUAAUGGACCUUCCAAGCAAAAACCUGAAACAGGUUGUGGCACUUUAGCAUUUUCAUCUGCAGUUGCAAACACAACUCCGGCAUCUACAUUACAGGUUGAUUUAGUGAAAAAGCCAGCAUUAAAUGAGGAUAGUCAAAUUUCAUAUUCUAAAGGUAAGUCAGAUUUGUUGAAACCAUUGAGACAGCAUGUUGGCAUGGACUGUCGAGCCUCUACAGCAGAAUUACCUCCUAUACCCAUUGGAGAGCCUGCUACAGUAAGUUUGAGCAGCCAGCUAUCGAGUCCACCGUUAUCCAAGUAUAGUGAUAAAGGCCUUAGUAUGCCUCCAAAUGUUAUAGAGACUUUAGAAAGUACUGGGCAUCCUUCUGUUUCUGGUCCUGAAAAGGAAGGGAAUGUUGCAAAAGAUGUUUUGAUGCAGAACUUAUGCUCGGAUAUGUCAGUAAUGAGCAUAGAUAGCAAUGUAAUAGAUGAACAUUCUGGUAUAAAUAGAUCUAGUAGUAAACUCCUGGAUCCUGGGAUGAUUAAAUCACCUGGGAGCCAAGGGUCUCAAGUUCAAGCUGAUCAAUCUAGAGAAUCUUUGACGUCACCAGCAACUGGGAAACCUGCAAUAUUGACAAAUGAUGUCUUUGUUUCAAGAGAACAGUUUGAUUGGAGGAAAGAUCUACAAACUCAAGCAGUGAGUAGAGUUCAACAAAUUACUGGCACAACAAACAAUCUGCAACGACGUUCUGGUAGUGUAUUACCGCCACCAUUUGAUGAUUAUUGCAUUACUAGUUCUGCUUCUGCAGCAAAGCCCAUUGUAAAAAGUGCUUCCAAUAAUACAGCGAGUAUCUCUAAAGAUUCUCCUCCAAAUGGAAGCUCUAGUAGAUCUGCAGCCCUACCUGCUGCAGCUGCAUGGGGAACGCGUGCUUCAAACCAACAGCUAGUAGCUUCUCCAGCAUGUUCUAAUGGACCUUCCAAGCAAAAACCUGAAACAGGUUGUGGCACUUUAGCAUUUUCAUCUGCAGUUGCAAACACAACUCCGGCAUCUACAUUACAGGUUGAUUUAGUGAAAAAGCCAGCAUUAAAUGAGGAUAGUCAAAUUUCAUAUUCUAAAGGUAAGUCAGAUUUGUUGAAACCAUUGAGACAGCAUGUUGGCAUGGACUGUCGAGCCUCUACAGCAGAAUUACCUCCUAUACCCAUUGGAGAGCCUGCUACAGUAAGUUUGAGCAGCCAGCUAUCGAGUCCACCGUUAUCCAAGUAUAGUGAUAAAGGCCUUAGUAUGCCUCCAAAUGUUAUAGAGACUUUAGAAAGUACUGGGCAUUCUUCUGUUUCUGGUCCUGAAAAGGAAGGGAAUGUUGCAAAUGAUGUUUUGAUGCAGAACUUAUGCUCGGAUAUGUCAGUAAUGAGCAUAGAUAGCAAUGUAAUAGAUGAACAUUCUGGUAUAAAUAGAUCUAGUAGUAAACUCCCAGAUCCUGGGAUGAUUAAAUCACCUCGGAGCCAAGGGUCUCAAGUUCAAGCUGAUCAAUCUAGAGAAUCUUUGACGUCACCAGCAACUGGGAAACCUGCAAUAUUGACAAAUGAUGUCUUUGUUUCAAGAGAACAGUUUGAUUGGAGGAAAGAUCUACAAACUCAAGCAGUGUCUGAUGCAAGUCCACAAGAAGAGGAAGAUGUCUUAUCUUUUGAUAGUCAAAGACUAAAGGAUCCAGAAGUUGUAUGUCGUUCAACUUAUUUGCCAAAUUCAGCCAAUUCAUUCCAUGUUUCAAAUCACUCGAGGUCUCUGUCUUUGCAACACAGUGAGGCAUUUUCUGCUGUUAAUUUAAAUUCUGAUCCUCAAUUUGUAGAUAAUAAAUUUAGUGAUGGUUCACAUCUACAUUCAUCUAGCAUUUCUUUGAUAUCAAAUGGAUACCCUGAGAAGUUGGUUAGGAGUUCUAACGGUUUUGAUAGGACCGUAGAACAUCCCUUUUUGCUUUCACAUGAGGGUAAAGGGAAACCCCUAGGAAGAAUACAAGGUGAUUCUGAUAUCAAUACUGCUGUAGAUAGAAGAGAGAACAACAUUAUCUCAAAUAUAUUGUCUAUGGACUUUGAUGCAUGGGAGGACCGCCCCUUAGCUUUGCAUCCGAAUUUGGCUAAGUUUUUAGGUGAAACCGAUAAAGAGCCUAGUUCAGUUGUGUCGAGUUCCUGGAAAGGACAUAAUAACAAUCAGUCCAGAUUCUCUUUUGCGAGACAGGAGGAAACAAAGAAUCAAGCAUUUGAUGUUGAGCGAUCAUUUAGUGUUUUUGGUCAGGUUCCAAAGACCCACUCUUUCACCCAGGAUUUUGCUGAAAAUAGGGAGCCAUUACUAGAUAAGCUUGGUAUUCGUAAUGGCUUUUAUCCCAGUAAUUUUGAAGAAUCGGACAAUUUUCCUUGCAAUCCUUCAGUUUUCUCUUCCAAUAAGCUUUCUGCAGUUUCAAGAUCUCAAAUUUCUGCUCCUCCUGGAUUCUCAGUUCCUAGCAGAGCACCGCCUCCAGGCUUUUCUUCUCAUGAGAGAGUGGAUCAGCCUUUUGAUGCACUUUCUGGAAACCAUUUGCUCGACUCUUCCUCCCUGUUGAGAAAUACUUAUCAGACACAGCAUGCUGGAAAUAUCAGUAGCACUGGGGAUAUUGAAUUUAUUGAUCCUGCAAUUUUGGCUGUUGGUAAAGGGAGACUUCAAGGUGGGCUUAACAACCCUGGCUUAGAUAUGAGGUCUAAUUUCCCCCCGCAGUUAAAUGCCUUUGAAAAUGAGGCAAGACUGCAGUUGAUGAUGCAAAGAUCUCUCUCUCCGCACCAGAACCUAAGAUAUGCUGAUGUUGGUGAUAGUCUUAAUUCUCUUAGCGACUCUUAUGCCAUUUCUUCAAGGCUGAUGGACCAAUCACAAGUGAACAAUCUAUCUCCAUAUGCACAGCUAUCCAUGCAACAGUCUAGAAAUUCCCUGAUUUCAAAUGGCCACUGGGAUGGGUGGAGUGAGGUCCAGGGUGGAAACAGUUUAGGUAUGGCAGAGCUCCUUAGAAAUGAGAGACUGGGGUUUAACAAAUUCUAUACUGGGUAUGAAGAAUCAAAGUUUCGGAUGCCCAGUUCAGGUGACAUAUAUAACAGAACAUUUGGGAUGUGAUUUGUGUUGGAAACAAAUUAAUCGCUUGAUUGGAGGUGGUGGAUUACAGAAGAAAAAUACUGAUCUCAUGGAUGUUGAUCGCGUAGUAGUUGAGGAUGGGACUAACUCCGCUAUAACUGGUCUCGUUGGGCAGGCUGAUGAAGGAUCAAAUUCUUGAAAAGAUGGGGCCUAAAAACCGGGUCUGGAUACCAACAGGGUAGGUAAGGUGAGUUCUACAGAUAAGUGUGUGUAUUGCGGAAUGCUGUAUAUGAUGACAAUGAUAUAAACUAGUAGGUUGAUCCUCCAUAUAUGUUCGAGUGUUUUGCUUCUAAUUGCAGUUUAACCAUAAAAAUUUGGUUGUUCAUCUCACUGCUUAAAUAGAUGAAAUCAGAUCCAAUGUCCGUUUCCUCCAUCUCUUCCCUCUUUCUUCUUUUUUACUUAUUUGAGUGUUGUACAAACACAACCGCUUUGAUUUGUGAGGAAGCUUGGACAAUCUUAAGAAGCUUGGGUUGAAUAACUAUUUUUUAAAGUGCUUCUUUUAACACUUAA